AUGCAGGCUUCCUCCGCCGCCGUGCCCUGGCAGGAGCAGCGCGACCCGUUCGUCGCCCAGGUCUCGCUCCUCGUCUCGUGGUUCGUCCGCGUCCUCUACCAGAGCCGCCUGCACGACGCCGACUGGCGCUCAAAGCGCAAGACGUCGCUCCUGAGCAUCGCCGAGCAGUUCAAGCACCACCACGAGACGUGGCUCGGCGACGAGCUGCGGCGAGUGCUCGAGCGCCUCCUCUCGACCUACGUUGGCCUGUUCGCGCCUCAAGCGCCGGAAUUCUUCGACUGGUACUCGCUCACCUAUCGCGAGAUCGGCCGCAAGGUCGGCAGGUUCCCGCUCGAAGGUCACCCAUCUCUCUCCUACGGGGCCAACAAGUGGGAAGCGACCGAGUCUGCCCAGGUCCGCGACGCCGCUCGCAAGGCCGGCACCGCCUUCUACGACUCGGACACGCGCGGCAAGCAGUUCGAGAACGAGUUCUGCUCCGACGCGGGCGUGUCGAUCCUCAAGCUGCGCUGGCUGCCCGAGAAGGCGCGCGAGCUCUGCCUGCGCGAGAUUGCGGCGCUGCCGGGGUGGGUGCCAGAUCUGCCGACGGCGGCGACAAACGUCCUCCCCUCGCCAACGUCGACCAUGCUCUAUGCCUACGACCGCUCGCAGCCGGCCUCGUCGCGCCUCGCGCGCUUCAAGGCCCUCGUCGACGCGCUCCUCCUCCUCUACUGGCACGCCGUCGCCAUCUCUCGCCUCCCCGAUUCGACCCUCCCGCUGCUCGAGGCCGCCGCCCACGAGCUCGCAAACCUCUCCGAGGCCGACAAGCAGGCGUUCGGCGACAAGGACCUCGCGGUGCAGGUCUCGGCGGUCGAUCAUGCGCGCGACGUCCUGUUUGCGGCGUGCGAGGCGUUCGAGAAGGGGUGGCCGAUGCGGGACGGGCGGGGACUGGCCAAGGACCUUCAGGCGGCCUUCCACGGCGUCGCCCCGGAGGCGCACGCCGCGCCGCACGAGCCGCUCGUCGAGCAGUCGCUCGGCGUCGGUCGGGUUCGAGGGAGGAUCGAGGGGCGAGCACGGCGGAGCAAGUUCUUCCCCGAGGCGAGACGAGGCGCGAGGUAGCUGGACAGGGAGCAACGAGGCCGGUUACAGCUG